AUGCGUGCUUAUAGACUUUGUCAUUUAUGCAUCAAAGCAGGUGAUUCACAAUUAGGACACCAUUUUCAGCACGGACCAAAAAACGCAUCAUACCGUUCACCUAUCAUUCAAAAUGAAAUAAUUGAUCUCUGUGGCGCUUCAAUGAAGGAACAAAUCAAUUUAAAUGUUAUAGAAGCUUGUGCUUAUAGCAUUCUGGCUGACGAAACUGCAGAAGGACUUAAUUUAAAACACUUUUUCGAUUUAGUUGAUGCACUAGAGACAUUAGCUGAGGAGAGAAAUGGAGCGACAAGAAAAAGUGUAUAUCAAAUGCACGCAGCGGCAUGCAAAUCUUCAUUUAUUGUAUUAGUAUCAUUAAUUGCUAAGUAUUCCGCCAUUCUGGAACCCGUAGCAAAUAUACUUCAAAUGAAGACACUUGAUAUAGUUAAAGCCAACGAGCAUAUUCAAACUAUUGUUGAAAUGCUAAGAGAUCAUCGGAAGAAUGCGGAGAACGUAACGGCUGAAAUUAUAACAGAAAUAGGCGAUAUAGCAAAGCCUUUGAAUGUUGAUAUAACUUUCGCUCGUAUUGCUGGCCGACAAAAGCAUAGAAACAACCCCCCAGUCCAAAACCCAGGCGACUUUAAUAAUUCCUUACUUAGAUUCAAUCAUUAG